AUGCACAGAAUAAAAAAGGAGUACAAAAAUGAAGAGAAAAAUGAAACAAAAAAACUACUACUACACUACCCACGGGGUGACGGAGACGGCGUUGACGCCAGAGGCGUUGACGCGAGCGGCGUUGACGGAGAACGCGGUGACGGAGACGGCAACGACGGCAAGGACGGAAACGGACGGUCUGCCACACCAGUAGCGGCGAGACCAGCGAAGAAGAAGACGGUAACGAAAACGCGGUCCAGGCGCAUGGCACGACGUGGUGGUGAUGCUGGUGGUGCCGUAGGAGAGAAGGGGAAGGGGAAGAAGCACGAAACACAGGAGAAGUGUCAAGGGGAGAAAAUAUUAGAUUGGAGGCCUAGGACAAUCUACGUGGAGCAUGGUUAUAGUGUAAGUUUGAGUACAGUCAGAAAGGAAGAGGACGAAAGAGGAACAGACGGCACCGAUAAUUUAUUCAUACGGCGACAUGCAUAUGUGUAG